AAAAACAAUCCCUGGGUAUUUGUGGAGGAAAAGAGCUUCACUUUAAAGCGUCACCUCAACAACCCUUUUAUGUGGUGUUAUUUUACAGUUAUAACCAUGUGGAUGUGACUCUUAAUCUGUCUCUGGCUGCAGGCUCUCCCCUCAGCACAGGCAGCUGUGUCAAACAGAAACUUUGCACUGAUGAUCUUAAAUCUGCAGCCGUAAAACCACAGAGCCAUGAAUAAUUGGCAUAAAUAGGCAUUAAAUUGUAUUUGAAGUCAGUGUGGGACUGUUUCUGCCCCAGGCUUUGCUGCCACAUUUUAUUCUUAGUUACAUAAACAAAGCUUUCCCUCUGUCGAGCACCAUGACCAAAUAUGGUGAAGAAAUGACAAAUCCCCUCUUUCCAUUCAUAAAAUUGUGACCAACUAUUGACUUUCUGGCAUAUGCAAUGUACACUUGCGUAAAAACACCAUUGGAUCAUGCGACCUGUGUUUGCGUAGCACCCCUACUCUAAUCUUGAUGUGGUAAAAGUCCAUCAGGGCUCACUUGUCACACUCAGCUUGUCAUUGACUGGAGCAGCUUGUCAUCGGACCUUCGUCAGAGGAUGAGAGGGUAUUACAAGCUUUGAAAGGUUUGACGCAACUCGGCCCAGGCCAGCGUUACUUUCCGCUCAUAUACUCUGAUGUGUGCAUUGAACACGCCCUCUAAUAAAUCAUAACUGUUUCCCCAUACCUGGUUGUAAACACAAAAGUUGUAGGGGUUUAUUGGGUUUUGUAAUUGCCCAAAACAUUGGCAACUCAUAGAAAUAAGAAACCUUUUAAUACAUUUUCAUUAUUUUUUUCUGUAAAGAAAACAGAAACUAAUUAGCUGUCAAAGUUAUGUUACUUUACAGCCCAGUCAGUACAUUUCUUUGGCCUUUUGAGAAAUACCGGUCAGACACAGUGAGUGUUCUCAGCCAGCAGCUUUCAAGCACACCGAGAUGAUCAGAUAAGCUAUAGCAUCUAUACUCUCCAGCAUUUCUUUUGAAUGCAACUAUGAUCCCUAGAUCCUGGGCCGUGGCUAACUGUUAAACCCAUUUAAGCUGACACAGUGCCCUGAGCUGCAGAUUUGUCUGGAGCAUAUCUGGUCUUGACAAGACAACCUGGUUACCUACAGUGCCUCAUGUUGACUGUGUUUCCCGUCUAUAGAUGUCACUAGCAAUAGUUGGAAGAGCACCAGCACCGUCACACUUGGAAGGGGGAGGGGUUAAACACUUGCUGUCUUGAUACCUAUUUUAUUUCACAGUACCCAUGCACUGUGUUCACACUGUAGUGUAACAAUAUAUGUCAACAUAACUCGUCUGUGUUAUGCUUGGAUGAAUCUUGGCAUUGAUCUUGGAGCGACGUUUACUGGCUUUGCACAUUUUGUUUCAAUGAAGUUUUCACCUCUUGACACAAAAUAUUACAGAUAAGUUGGUGCAUACUGUACAAACGGGCCUCGUAUUUUUGAGCAGCUAAAAUUGUUUAGUCAGUGGGAUCAUGAUGUUAUUCCAGAGUAGUUAUUUUCAUUGGUGAUUCAUUCAAGUCACAUUUUAAGAAAAUUGUUAAACAUUUGAUGUUGCCAGCUUUGCAGAUAUGAAGAUCUGCUGUUUUUUUUAUCAUAAGAAGAAAUUGGAUGUCUUUUUAUGAUGAAUUUAUUAUAAUUUCUACAUUAAUGUAAGAAUAGAAGUCAGAUUAAGUAGCCGGAUAAAAAGUCAUACAUGUUCCAGUCUAAAGCUUUGGAAUGUGCUCUGUGUAGAUUUUGAGCAUACUUUUUUUCUCUGAUAGUUAUCUGUUCAAUCUGAUCUAAUGUGCAUGACUGAAUUUCUGAUAAAUGGCAUUUUGGCACACCCGUUUCUUCGACUACCUCAGUAGACAGUUAGUCUCCGUUCAAAUUCUUCAGGUGAUUGUCAACUGUCUUCUCAUUCCUGUUGCUUUUAAUCACGACAUGUGCUUCAUGUUUGUUGUUGUGAUAUACUUGUUGUUAUGUACAUGAACUCUGUAUUUCUCUCUGUCUUCUCUUCUGUAUCAUCCCAUCCAUGUGGGUGAUUGUUCCUGCAAAACCUUGGUGAUCAAUAGAGACUUUUGUGAAAGAGUUUCUAGCGAAAGCCAAAGAAGAUUUCUUACGGAAAUGGGAAUGCCCACCUCAGAGCACAACAUGCCUAGACGACUUUGACAGAAUAAAGACUCUGGGUACCGGCUCGUUUGGGAGAGUAAUGCUGGUGAAACACAAAGGGUCAGAGCAAUACUUUGCUAUGAAAAUACUGGACAAGCAGAAGGUGGUAAAACUCAAGCAAAUAGAACACACGUUAAACGAGAAAAGGAUAUUACAAGCAGUGAGCUUCCCCUUUCUCGUCAGACUUGAGUACGCAUUUAAGGACAACUCCAAUUUGUAUAUGGUAAUGGAGUAUGUUCCAGGAGGGGAAAUGUUCUCACACCUAAGAAGAAUUGGAAGGUUCAGUGAACCACAUGCACGAUUUUAUGCUGCCCAGAUAGUGCUGACAUUUGAAUACCUACAUUCGCUAGAUCUCAUUUACAGAGAUCUGAAACCUGAGAAUCUUCUCAUUGACCACCACGGCUACAUUCAGGUGACAGACUUUGGAUUUGCCAAGCGGGUAAAAGGAAGAACCUGGACGUUGUGUGGAACACCGGAGUAUCUGGCGCCUGAAAUCAUUCUCAGCAAAGGAUAUAACAAAGCCGUGGACUGGUGGGCCCUCGGAGUCCUCAUCUAUGAAAUGGCAGCUGGAUACCCCCCGUUCUUUGCAGAUCAGCCAAUCCAGAUCUAUGAAAAGAUUGUGUCUGGAAAGGUACGAUUUCCCUCCCACUUCAGCUCAGAUUUGAAAGACCUGUUGAGAAACCUCCUGCAGGUGGAUCUGACUAAACGAUACGGCAACCUGAAGAACGGAGUCAACGACAUCAAGGGCCAUAAAUGGUUUGCUACAACAGACUGGAUCGCAAUCUAUGAGCGAAAGGUUGAAGCUCCAUUCAUACCAAAGUGCAGAGGCCCGGGGGACACCAGCAACUUUGAUGACUACGAGGAGGAAGAGAUCCGUGUUUCUGUAACAGAAAAAUGCGGAAAGGAGUUUGCAGAGUUUUAGGACGUCAUAAUAUGGAUAUAUCAGGGAAAUUUAAGGGGAUCUUUGCACUCUUCAAAAAGACUUGGAUCUACUACAUAGUCCCUUCAUUCCACAAGGCUGAAUGAGGUCGCCAUGAUCCUUGGGUGCCGAUAACCUCUCACUGUUGCGUACACCUGCGUAUUAAAGCAGACACAUCACUUUUUCUUUUUUUUUUCCUUUUUUUUUUAUACAUGUUUUUCUUUUCUAAACUUUGGAGGCAGUAGUCUUGGAUGUUUUUAAUCCUCACUCACAAUGUGAUAUUUUUUGAUUUUAUGAGGGAAAAACAGACGGUGGUCAUAACAGUCCACACGCUGUAACUGACUUUUCUGUGGCAUUUUAAGAACACAGCUGAGUGGGUUUAUACAUUUUUUUCCCUUUGUCAUCAACAAUGUACAUUUAAAGUUGACAUCACUUUUAGUUCUAGCCAGCAAAAAGAGGUAGAUUUUGUCUUAUGUGCAUAUCUGUCAGUUUGGAAGACAUUUGAACACAGCGAGUGUUUAAAGCAUGACCAAAUAGAAAAAUUCUGGGUGACACAAGAAGAGAGGGCCUUUCCUUUCUUUGCUUUUUGCCUUAGAGAGCCAAGUCCUCAGAUCUCCCACAAAAGCAUCCAUUCACUGUCUUUUUGGUAAUUUUAACCCAGGCACAGCAAAGCUAUCGCAGAAAAUGACAAACCUUGCAUUGGCAAGUCCACUUGUUUGUUUGAUCCGUUUGGGUCUAUUAGUUACAUGUAAAAACGAUCAUUUGCAACCUUAACUGUUUUGUUUGCCACCGUGUUAACAUUAUAGUCAUGUUGUCCCUAGAUUUCAGGUCUGCUUAGGACCCUUUGUUACAAGUCUGUGGAACAAUGUGACUUCAGUAAACAGAAAAGAGUGAAGUGAAAUCCUUUUAUAGGAUUUUUAUUUUAUUUUAUUUUUCUUUUGAGUGUUUUGUAAAUCUGCAAAAAUCAGUGUGAAUAGUGUUGGGGGUUUUCGCCUCAACAUUGUUAGUUAAACCAUAACAAGAAUUCAGAUUUUAUUUAUUAAAUGAAAGACAUUUUAAAAGUUAAUUAAGAAUCAGAAAGGCAAAACAGGAUAUCCAUAUUCUUCCUGUCACCAGCCCCAGGCAAAUUACCUUUUUCAUUCUUGUCAAAGAAUGUAGAUUUGCAAUUUCUAGGUAUGCAUAUUUGAAAGCUUGAUUUCAAAGUUGUUUUUGUUUGUUUUUCUUUUUUUUAAUUAUCUUUUCCUCACAAUACACUGGCUAAAAUGAAGACUGCUCCUUUGUAUCACAUGUAAUCCCGUUCUUGUUAAGCUCAUUACAUUAUACAUAUAUGCAUUGUUUCAUAUAUGUUUUUAUUUAUACACAUUAGAGAUGCUAAUAAAUUUUAUUUUUAAAAGUG